AUGUCGAACUCCCGAACCAAGCGCCAGUUCGCCGGCGCAGCGAGCGACCCGGCGCAACGCUCCAUCACCUCCUUUUUCAAGACCACGCCGACCAGCGAUGACUCGCAUUAUGACUCUACCAGCAGCGGCGCCUCGGCUUUCUCCAAGACCGCUCCGCUAAACGGCCCAGUCCUCCCGUCCACCAUCAAGUCAAGUCUUCUGAACGUCGGCAUGCGCGUGCGCAAGUCCGUUCCGGAGGGCUACAAGACCGGCAAGAUUGCCUCGGGCUUCCCGUCCUGGAUGGACGAAAGCAGCAACAGCAACAACACAUCUUCGGCCGGCGCAAGUGCAUCAUUUGCAGGAAACAACAAUGGACAUAACCGUCCGGUAUCGGCCUUGCCUCCUUCUGCUCCCGUCACCGCCACCAGCGCCAGCGCCAGCGCCAACCGGGAACUCACCCCCUUUUGCGGUAUCCACAAAACCGGCGGGUACGCCGUCCAAGAGGACAACAAAAGUGCUCUAAGCAGCCAGGAUUCCAAUACCAGCACCAGCACCAUCAGCAACGCUACAUCAAUCCGCUUUGCGACGCAGGACAACCGCAAGCGCAUCCACGAAGACGGAAGCAGCGAAGAAGGUGGUGCAGGACUUUUCGGCGAGGAUAUGGACUGGCGUCGUCGCGAGGAGUUCUCUCACGAUGAACACAACCAAGAAGAUGAAGAAAGCGUUGUAAGGGCCCCGCGCAGCUUGGAGCCUAUGGCUUGGUGUGGAGGUGGAAGCAAAACGAAUACUUUUGCGAACAAUAGGGUGAUGGCGGUGCCGAAGAGACGGGGGACUCAGACUACGAUUAACUUUGGGGGGUAUGUGCCCCAGUCAUCUGGCGUUGCGCCGGUAGAUGAUUUCGAGGAGGCGCCGUUUUUGGAUUAUGGGUUGAGUCAUCGUGGGGGAAGAAGUGGGGAUAUGGAUAUGGAUUAG